CGCCGACAGGUAAACCUUAUCCCGUGUGCGUUGGCAUUUCCUAGCGUUCCCGAUGUUACAACCGCGGCAUCGGGACGUCUUUAAAUCGCGCGAUCCGAUUAUUUCGGUAUAAUAAAACGUCGGUAACGAAAGUGUGCGGAAAAGAUCAAUAAAGGAAGCCCAAAGGGAAUAGAGAACGGUGGAGAAAUGUCGCGAAUUCGGAAACUCCUUGCCGGAGAACGGUAAAAUAAAUAUUUUCCUUGCGAACCCGGAUCGAACCUGUACACACGGUUCGUGGGAAUACAAAAAAAACGAAUGCAACGUGCUUGAGUGCUGUGUCCGUGUGUAUGAGUGUGCGUGUGUAUGUGUGUGUGCGUGCGUAAGGCUGCGUGUAUGCAACGAUCAACGAUACCGAGUGAUUCGUCGUAACAAAUGAUAAUUUCAAAAAUGUUCAUCGUAACGAAGCAUAUUUGAGUACAGAGGGCUUAUUUCGUCAGGUGAUAUGUGUCUCGGCAGUCACGGGUCAUACGAAUCUGACGUAAAUACAGCUGCCAGAACUACAAACACAUAGCCAUGGAGCACUCGGAUUUGGUGGCCGAAAUGGUGCACGUUGAGAGACUAACGACCCAAGAAAGGCUGCAUCUCGCUCGUCACCGACGUCUCCACCAACUCAAAGUAUGGCGACAAAGGGAAAAAGAGUGGCUUCGUCAUCAGACCCGAAAUACCAGUACCAAAAGACACAUAUACUUCAACGACAGUGUUAUGCUGCUCGAAGCAGCAGCGAGAAACGACAUUGACGAAGUGAGGAGACUUUUGAAAAAAGGAGUAAAUCCAGACUCAACGAACGAGGACGGUUUGACAGCGCUUCAUCAAUGCUGCAUCGACGAUAACGAGGACAUGAUGAAGUUGCUCGUUGAAUUUGGUGCGAACGUAAAUGCGGAGGACAGCGAAAAAUGGACGCCGUUGCACGCCGCUGCGACUUGUGGUCAUUUGCAUUUGGUUCGUUACCUCAUAGCUCGAGGUGCUAAUUUAUUGGCAGUGAACGCGGAUGGAAAUAUGCCUUAUGACAUAUGCGAGGACGAGAAAACGUUGGAUUGCAUCGAAGGGGAAAUGGCGAGUCGUGGCGUGACUCAAGAACUGAUUGACGAGACUAGAGCUUCCACGGAGGUCCAAAUGUUGCUCGAUCUUCAGAAAAUCGCGACGAGAGGUGGCGAUCUCGAAUACAAAGAUCAUCAAGGUGCUACACCCCUUCACAUAGCAGCAGCCAAUGGUUAUCUCAGAGUAGUCGAGUAUCUUUUGGAUCAGCACGUUGCCACCGAUGUCGAGGACAAUGACAGAUGGCAGCCGGUGCACGCAGCGGCUUGUUGGGGUCACCUGGAAGUGCUCGAAUUAUUGGUGCAAAAUGGUGCGGAUUUAAACGCGAAGAAUAAACACGACGAAACGCCUGCCGACAUUUGCGAAGAUCCUGAAAUCAGAGAUCGAAUAGUCGAACUGAAAACGGAACAAGAGAGCAAAAAGCUUCGCGAGGCCCAGGGCAGACGAGUGCGCCGAUCACAAAGUAUUAAUACACGAACCCAAAGCGUCAGAAGAACUUCCAUCAGGGAUAAAGUCCUCACGACCAAAAAGGAUGCUCAAGAAGAGGCGAGACUGAGGAUCCAAGCUCAACAGACAUACGUCGCGCCCGUAGUGACGAACAAUAUCGCAGCGAUUGGGAAUAGCGCAAGUUCCCAGCAAGAGGUAACGAACGACGACGGUGAUUCGAGUGCGCUGACAACGUCGGUUCGACGAGGUCCCGAGGGCAAAGACAACGACUCUUUUCUUCACGAGGACGUUGAUAAAGACUCAGUGACAGGGCCUGAACCGCCUAUCGGCAGCCAUCAGCCCGUUUACACAGCAGAGAGUGAUGCUAACGGCAAGAUCAACAUACACGUGUCUGUAGUUUUCGUCAAGUCGUUGUCCGACUUGAAGAAGCAGAGGUCCCAAAAUCGUCACACCACACCGAACAUGGUCGACGCUAAUGGCAACGGGGUACCAAUGAACGUCGCGCCGAUGUCAAACGCCGAAAUGACCAGCGACGACUUCCAUCGGUUCACUGGAAACACGAGCGAAAUCAUUGGCGACACUCAAACGGAAAAGAACUGCUGCGUCAUUAUGUGAAUGGAUUCUGACCUCUCCCGGGCUCAACCGAACCAAUUUUCUCGUGGUGUUGGAGUUUGCACUGUUGGAAAAGGAGAUCGAAUCGUUGCUUUCGGAGUGAAAAUAUGCUCGGUUGUCAAAUUCAUUAUCUUUCACAUAACUCGUGUGUAAAUUCCACAAAUAAUCGAAAAAAUAUUGUAUUAUGUCGAUCUCCGGAGAUGCAAACUUCAACAUCCCUUUUUUACGACCGAGUUACACUUCCUACAAACUUCCAUGGGCUCCUCGGAGCCUUCAUAAUGAAGAGACCACUAAAAUUAGAAUAGCGCUAAGACUCGCGACGAGAUUCCCCAAGGAAAUGUCAAUCUCGUCGAUAACAUAAAAAUGUGGGGUCAAAAAAAUCGAUCAACAUGAAAAUACGUUAUAGAAAAAACGAGCAAAGAAAAGCCCUCGGUGUCGGGCCAAGACACAGAAUCAAAGUAUUACAAACAUUCUCAAAACGCAAUUGUGAGAAGCACUGAAAAAGACAAAGAUGUACUUAAAACGAUUUAUUUCCCCGCGAUAUAUCGAAACGAGAAGUUAAUCUUUUUGCAGAGUGAUUUAAGACGUAACUAAAACGACUGCGUACUCGAAACUUGUUUAUUUGAGUUUGCCUAUGGAUGAGUGGAAAAUCCAUCGGCAUAAAAGUCGAAAUUUCGGAUUCAUUGCUCAGUGAGCAUUCGAAGUCUCGGAAACUGCGCGACGAGCUCGAUUCAUCGUCAAACUCAAAUUCGCAAAGCCAAACGUUAAACAAAACGAGUCUCGUCACCAAAAAAUCCUCUCUCAAAAAGCACCACAAAGUCAUUGAAUGCAGCCGAGUGACUAAAAGUCAUUCUGUAUAAUAACGAGCUCAAAUGUGAGAGAUAACGUUCGCACAGGGAAGAAAGCUCGAUUAAAAGAAAUUGCGGUAAAAACCCUUAAACGUUUUGUAUAUAAUUUUAUUUAUUUCUGUACUUAGAGUAUAUAGAUAUAUUAUAUAUUUUAUAUACAUUGCAUAGAUAUUAUAUAUUUUUUUCAAAGAUACAUUAAGUUUUUCAACCGCUCCCCUCUUCCACGUCCUCGUCAAAAUGUAAAGAAGAAGAAGAAGAAGAAGAAGAAGCAAAAAGCUAAAACGAACAGAAAAUCAAAGAACAACGGCCUAUAAAAUUCGUGACAAUUGUGUGGACCAAAAUUCCGCAAUUAUCUGUCUUCUUGCAUCGCCUCUAAGAAUCGGCUAUUUAGAGAUUUUUUUUUUCGUUUUCGUUAGUAGACCGAGGAUUCGUCGUGCAACACAUCACAAUCCAAGUAAAUGGUCGUAUCGCACGAAAAACAAAAAAUGAAACCAAAAAAUUCGAUUAGGUCUAAGAAUUAUUGGCUGAAGACGAAAAAAACUUUUUCUGAAAUAUUCGAACGACGUUCUCUUUUCUCCUCGGUAUCUUCGGUCUCGGUUAGAAGAAUAUGUUUCUGUUGGAAUCGUUGAUAGAGCAUUUGCUGCUGCAGAUGGUAAUUCUGUGAUGAGCGACUUCGCAGAGCUCUCUCUUUUCAUUUUUUCUUCUUCACUGAAUCUUUACCUCUUUCUUUCUCUGCGCUCGUAAUCGCAAAAAUUUGCUCAUUUUCAUGUCUACGUACGAGACCGAGACGAGAGAAGCGCACAGUCAAUGAAGCUUUCUUUUCGCUAUUUUGAGAUUUGGGGCUCAUUUGUAGAAAAAUUAAAAAAAAAACGAAAUAAAAUAAAUGAAAAUAAUAAGAGAUAAACUUUGGGUCGAUAAAUGAUGUGAUAGAUGCGCGAGCAAAUAUUUUUUUAUAGUUUUUAUGAAAAUAUUUAUGUGUAAUAUUGCGUAGAAAAUGAAUGUAUAUCGUCGUGAUUCAAUGAUUACUCGUUACGAGAGAUUAACGACCUCAAAUAUUUCUGAGAUAAAUUGACGAUUACGGUUAAUAAACAAACAAACAAACAAACAAGAAACUGAAAUAACUCAAAUUGCUGGCCUUCGCCAGUGACGUUUAUUGCGCACAAAUUUAUUCAAUUUACGAAACAGUAAUACGAACAAACAACUUAUUCGCACAAGUUUUGACAACGACAACACAAUUGUUCGGUUUAUUUAAAAAACGAAAAUAAUUAAAAAGGAACAAAUUAAAAUAAGAAUAAACGACUCUCAUCGAUUCUCGUCAAUGUACCAAUACUGCUCCAAUUUUUCUUAGCAAUCAAUUUUCUCAUCUUUCACUACGUAGAAUCGUUCUAUCCAGCAGAAAUUGACAAAAUUUAACUUCUCACACAAAAUCCUUUGUUUCGCCUCUUUUCGUUUCAAGCUCCGGGGUUAAAAGCUUUUGUGGAAAAAAACACUUGUAAGUACAAGCAUUGAAUACCAAAUUUAAAAGUUACGCUUAAAAUUCCCAAUAAACAAGUGCAGAUUCAACAAAUCCAUAAAAUGGAAAAGAACUGAUAAAAAAUUAGGGCGAAAUUCAUCGAAAAAUGAAUACGAAAAAAUAAUAAGGGCUAUGAGCAAUGUAAACGUUGGAAUUUCAGAUGUUUUUUUUUUAUUUUUCUCAAUAAGAUUCUCAGUAGAAAAUUGUUUAUAAAAGAAGAAAAAAAAUAUAAUAUCAAAAAACUGCAACGUUAUGCUGAAAACAUACGUUUUCCCUACAAAAUGCAAUUUGAAUCGAGUCGCUGGGAUAAAGAAUAAAAACUCUUUCCGUUUUGCUACCAACUCAAGGAGAGCCAUUUUUUUCAACACACCAUUUCAACGUUUGCACUCUUCACAGCCCUUAAUUACCUCUAGACCUAUGAAAUAUUAACAAAUAAAAUGAAGAAAAUCCUCGGCUACUCGAUGCAAGAAAUGGAGGCCUUAAUUUAUUGAAGAAAUAAAUAAAAUUGUAAUUUUGUCAAUUUCUGCUAUCCAUAUACUAAUAAUCCACUGAAAAAAAAAAACAUAACGUAACUAAAAAACGUAGAGUUGCAUAAUAGUACGACGAAAAAAGAAUCGUAAGGAAUUGUAAACGUCCGUAAAAUCAUGACACGCUUACAUCGUCCGUCAGAUCGCAAACACUGUUCAAAUUAUUUAUUGAUUCUUUGGCAAUUGGCCUCGAUAAAGUAUUCCAUAAAACAUGUAUCGCGAUGAUCAAACAUAUCGACGUUGUAGAAUAUAUUAUUGAUGAUCGAUUCGUGGGAAAAAGGAGAACAAAAAAUCUUUUGCAUUUGUAUGUUGUCCGCGGUUGGACGGUUAAUUACACGUUACGCGUAUAAUUUGCGAGUUAUUAAUCGAUAGUCGAGAAAUAAUUGAUCGUUGUGAAAUUUGAAUAAAGGGUCAGUGUUACAACGUUGUUACGAAAGAGAUAUAAUUUAAUGAACGUUUGAAAACGAAAAAACACUUCAUUUGCGCUCUUUUUGGCGGUAUUAUUCGAAGGUUGUCACUCUGGGAUCGUUCGGACAGUGUGUUAUUAUUAUAAUCAUUAAAAAAAUGUAAAUACAUAACAAAAUUGCUAUUACAAAAGAGAGGGAAGGUCGAAAUUGGAACUUGUUGAAUUUCUGGAUUUCGUUAACCGCUACGAGGACUGUAAUCCCGCGUUAUUUAUUUCGGUAGACUGAUGUGGAUAAUGGAAAAAUCAGAAUUUUCGCCGAAAUGUUGAGUAAUAAAAUCGUAGAAACUGAAUAUUAUAAAAACUUCAAAUAUUGUUGAUUUUUAUGAUAAAUAAGUGACACGGAACGUUUGAAAAUCGAACGGAGAAUCUAAAAACCAAAAUUCGACUCGAACGAGGCACAAAAAACCAUAAAAAAUGGGUGAAAACCGAGAAAAAAGUUUCUCGAAUUUCCGACUUUCGUCAUUGCGAUUCAAUAAAACUCUCGAAUGAGGAAAACACACAUUCGAGAAACGCGACAUUUUUUCGAUUCUCGAGGACAGAGUCCCCUUCAAGCGUUGCGUAUGAGAAUUGUGAUAGUUGAGAACAGAGGAUUGUUAGAGAAUUUGGCCGAAGUCCCAGAGUCUUAGAGAUUUAAUGAGUUGCGUUAAAAUUCUGUUAAACAGAGCCACGUGUAAUUCACAAAGUUCCCAUAAAACUAUAUCUACAAGACACAAACGUCGAAUUGUAACCCACGAAAGUAGAGAUAAUUGAAAAAACGUAUGGAAGAAAAUUCGACGAGCGUCGUCUCACCGAUUGGAAAAUACAAUGUUAACGAGAAGGAAAGACAUGAAACGAAGUAUAAUAACGUUAAUAAUAGUUGAUAAGCUAUAGGAAACAGUUUACUUGAAAUUCAUUAAAAUUGUGUAUCUUGGCUGUUUCUACUCAAGUAGCCUUCGUAGAGCUACGAAAGCUGAAUCGAGAACGAGCGGAAAAAUCGUUUUCGUACAUGCGGUUCAUUCUUAAUGUGUUCCAAGAAAACUUCUUCUGACAAUACAAAAUAUAUUUAAUACGCGAAUUCAAUGCAGAGAACAAGAAACACUCGAUUGCACGUUUGAAAAAGAGUCUUGCCAAAAACUUCAUCCUGUCCUGCCAUCCGUUCACGAGGAUCGUUUAUAUCGAUGUGUGUAAACUAAUGUAUACGUAUCCGCGAGAUCCUCCGCACGAAUAACGCGUACAAACGUGGAUUAAAAUUGACAUUCAUUCACGCAGAGAGACACGUGUACACUGUUAUAAUCUCUUUUUAUUAUCGACGCGUUCCUCUCACGUUCUUACAUUUUCAGAUAUAAGCACGUUUCGAAACAUCUGAAACGGUACGAAAUACAUUAUAAAUGCGAAUCUGCUUGUCAUUCUCUUGUAUAUCGAAAUAUCAUUAAUUUGAAUAUAUUAUUUAAUUAAUAUAUAUGUAUAUAUGUACGGAUAAGCGAUAAUAUAUUGCAUAUCAAACACGUA